GCUAUAAUUAGACAUGACAAUUUAGAAGUGGGUUGUUUUCAAAAAAUUAAAGAUCUUUAAAUUGGUAAUUAGGUGAAUGUUGCUUAAUAAUAUAUUUUCAGUACAUGUAACACACAAACAAAAUAUGGACCCUGAAAAAUGGCAUGUACUUGAUGAUUUUCGAUGUCCAGUAGAAGGUUGUGAAGGAGGACGAAUUCCGUGUAAGUGGACUUGUGAAGAGGACAAUACUUUGAUUCUACUUUCUCAGACUGGUUUCAUGAAAUGCAGUAAAACAAUACAAGGAAAGGCAGCACAUUACGGACAGGUCUGUGUAUGGCGUUGGGACUGUGGCCGACAUGGUGACCAUCCUUUCACUCGAUUUCAAGAGGCUGAUUUUCAGGGAUUUGCGUUCGCAUUAUCACAUGCUCUGCAACUCACUAGUAAAGCAGGUGCUACGUGGGUUGCAACUCUUUGUAUGGAGUUAAACAAGCAAUAUAUAAACCGUGACUCCUCAACACCAGCAUCAUCAGGCAAUACCUGUAGCAUUUGUCUAGAUAGACCAGUUGAUGUCUAUCUGUAUCCAUGUGGACAUACAUCUUGUGAGCAAGAUGCAAAAGAACUUCAAAAGAGAAACAAUCAGUGUCAUUUAUGUAAAGCCACGUUUACAAGCAUAAAUAAAAUAUUCUUCUGACAA